UUUCGGACAACUGCCCCCAACCCGGUAUAACUAUUUACUGGCCUCAACUGUAAUAUAAAAUAUUCUUGAAAUUACUUGAAAUAUACUCCUGUUGUAGACGACCCUCGUCUUGACGAAUGUCUAGCAGUAGAGUGGUAAUUCGGAUUACAGUCUCAAGAACACACUGAGCACGUUUCCGGUUCUUACUAUUGUUUAACCCUGAUUGUCACAUAUGACAGUGUCUAUAACGGAAUUGUCAACAUACUGUUAACAAAAUGUGGAUAACAAUGAAAACAUAUUACAUACAGAAUGAAGAAGAUAUUGGUGAAAUAUUAUUGAAUAAGAUGAAUGAAUUUAACAACGUUUUUGAGUUGAAUAAGAAAAAUAUUCUACUAUCUAAGAAGAAAACUAUACUUGGUAUGGAUUUAAUUUUGCUCAAAGCUAACCUAACUUCAUUACAAAUUAAAAAAACAAACUCUUCAAAAUCUCUAUUAAGAAAAAACGGUAAAAUGUAUUAUGUAAGUUUUAUAAACAUCAAAAACAAAAAGGGUGAAUUUUUCAGUUCAUUAAUAGAUACUUUAUUUGAUAACGAUAGAAUAGUUAUAAUUAACGGAGUUGUACUCAAACAGUUUACUAUUUGUAAUACUAACAUAUUAACUGUUUUAGUUGGAUCACAAGACAACUCUUCAGUUAUCUUAUUUAAAUAUAGAAAUUUGUUAAAAAAAUCAAUUUCAGUAUUUGAAAAUAAUUUUUCCUCUCUAACUGGUUCUGGUGUUUAUUCGAUAUAUGGAAUUAUAAAAAAAAUCAUAAGAUAUUAUGAUCAAGAGUCAAUGUCAUUAAGAUUGCUAAGUAAUGAUAAAUCAAGCUUAAAAACUCUCAAAUAUUUUCAUUUUAAUAGUGGAUAUAAUAAUAUUAUAAAUAACAAUACAGCAUCUGAUUUGAAAUAUGAUUUUUUUUCAAACCAAGUUGAUAUUUUAGUUAAAACCCCAAGUAAAUGUUUUAUGUCAUUGUCACUUAAUCAACGAAUAUGUUUAAACAAUGUAACAAUGGAAAAUAUAAAGGAUUCAGACAUAUUUUUACUGCAUAUGAACGGAAAUGGUCAUAAUGAUAAAGUUGUUCCAUUAGAAACUGGUAUUGUAAAAUCUGUUAGACAUAUAAGACAUUUAAUACCUGAUGAUUUAAAACCUGCAAUUCAGCCUAAAUUCAAAAAAAUAUCUGAUGAUGUCCAAUUGGUUUUAAACGAUAAUAUUCGGGAGUUAAAUACAAAUAUUACUCCAUUGGAGAAACCUUUAAAUGUUCAACAAAGUAAACAUAGUAAAACAAAAUGCAUAGAUUUAUCCGAUGAUGAUUAUGAUGAUAUUGUUAAUUUAUCACCAUGUAGAGACUUUUCAACAUCUACACAGAUUAUUAAAAAGGACAAUUAUGUCCACAACAAUGCAAGUAAAUUUGGCAAAAAUAAAAUUAAUAUUAUUGAUGAUAAUUCAUUACCUAUCAAACAUUUAAGAUCAGAUGACAACGUCCAAAAAUAUAAUGACAACUUAUCACUUACUCCAUCAAAUAAAGAUACCUCUUUGCCUAAAAGUAAAAUAUGUUUUCAAAGAAAUAAAUCACCAAGCUCAUCUUCUGAUGGCUCAUGUUCACCUAGUUUCUUUAAGAGUCAACCAAAAUCAUUAAUAUUGAACCAAGAUGACAAAGUCCAAAAAUAUAAUGAUAUCUCAUCACUUACUCUAUCAAAUAAAGAUACCUCUUUGCCUAAAAGUAAAAUAUGUUUUCAAAGAGAUAUUUCUCCAAGCUCAUCUUCUAGUAGCUCAUGUUCAUCUAGUUGCAUUAACAGUCAACCAGAAUCAUUAAUAUUGAACCAAGAUACUCGAUCAAAUAGUUUUAAAUCUAGUAUUGUAAGCCAACCUACGCAGUGUAUAGGUCCUUGUAGACUUGUUCAUACUGUACCAAACGUAUUUGAUAAUAGUGAAAUUGUAAGUGGAUACUGCACGAAAUGCAACGCGUUUGUUCAAAAAUGUUACCUCAAAUUGACACCUCAAUCUUCAAAUAUGGAGUACAAGUGUCCUAAAUGUUCUACCAUUGUACACCUUACAUUUUUUUUCAUUAUGAAUUUUCUUUAUGGAAAAAAUGAAUCGCAAGCUAUAGAAGUAUGCUGUUACGAUAAAAAGGCUGAAAGUGUUGUCAGGAAAAUUUCGAAGAAGAAAAUAAAACUUGAAGAUUAUUUAUCAAACCAAAAUAAUAAACAACUAGUUAUAAGCUCCAUGAAAUCACUUAUAAAUAAUAGAACAAAAGUAAACAUAGUUGUUAGUUUUUCACCAGAGGAUAACAAAAACAUACUUCUAGGAAUAGAUACAAAAUAUGUUGUUACAACCACAACACAAUAAACAAAAUUAUUAUUGUAUAUUUUAACCUGUUUAUUUUAUACUGUUGUAAUUUGUAAGUAAGCCUUAUAUAGUUGUAAACUGUGUUAUAUUAUUUUUUUUCCUGUAAUUCUCGUAAAGUUGUACAUUAUUAAAUAUUAAAAGUUCAUUUUUUGUAUUUUAUGUGAUUCCAGUCAAUAAAUUUAUAAAUUAUUUUGUUA